AUAAUACAGCUUCAUCUUCAAAUAUAUCUAGAAUAAGUAAAAAGAAAGAAAAAAUUUAUAGUUUUACUAAUGUUUACUUUGAAAGGGCUUUUGAUCCUACAACUGAUGAAGUGCAUGAUAUCAAUGAAGUAGAAAUAGUUGAUGAAAGAAAAAAGUCAAAUAAUGAAAUUAUUAUUAGCUCCACAAAAGAAAAACACAAAAGUCAAAGUCAUGCAAGAAUAAAACAAAAAUAUUGGCUUGAUGCGAUGCUUUCUGAAUCAAAUAAAUUUGUGAAAUUACUUAACAAUAGGCUAAGUAAAAUUGAAGAUUUAAUUGCUAAUUUAAAUCAAACUAUUAAUAACAAUAAUAACAAUAAGAGUUCGUUGACAGAAAAUUCAAAUGAAAUUUCAAAUUUAAGUUUAGAGCAAUUACAAACUCUUGUUUCAAUGAAUCAGAAAAUAUCUAAAUUUUGA